CCUCAGUGACUUAUUGUUUUCAGACUGGUUCAGUUGUGUGGUUUGGUAGGAGCUGACAGAAGUGUCAGCGUUUGCAGCUUCACUGGCCUACAACUGUGGCUUCAGCCAUGGGGUUUUUCAUAAGAUGGUUGCUGGUGUCCUUGCUAGUUGUAGGAGGGCAUCAAGCUAAUGCCUACUCUGGGAAGCAUGGUGACAAGGAAGUGCCAGUUCUAGGCUAUAAACCAAUUUCAAGUAGCUUUGACACUAGAGGGGAAUCUUCAUGGAGCACUGGGCCACUUGGUAGUCGGGAUUCAAACUCAAAUGCAAAUCAGCAACAGAUGGCUCAGUCUGGUUAUCAGCCCCAGCAGCCACAGGUGCCCCAGCAGCUGAGCAACCCACCCAAGGUACCCCAGCAGCAGCAGCAGCAGGUGCAGCAGCAGCCUAGCUAUGUGCCCCAGCAACCUCAGCUGCCCCAGCUGCCCCAGCUGCCCCAGCAACCUCAGGUGCCCCAGCAGCCUAGCUACCCACCCAAGCAGCCCCAGGUGCCCCAACAACCUCAGCAGCCUAGCUACCCGCCCCAGCAGCCCCAGCAACCUCAGCUGCCACAGGUGCCCCAGCAGCUGAAUCCACCCAAGGCACCCCAGCAGCAGGUGCCCCAGCAGCCUAGCUACCCGCCCCAGCAGCCCCAGCAACCUCAGCUGCCACAGGUGCCCCAACAGCCUAGCUACCCGCCCAAGCAGCCCCAGCAACCUCAGCUGCCACAGGUGCCCCAACAGCCUAACUACCCGCCCCAGCAGCCCCAGCAACCUCAGCUGCCACAGGUGCCCCAACAGCCUAGCUACCCACCCAAGCAGCCCCAGCAACCUCAGGUGCCCCAGGUGCCCCAACAGCCUAGCUACCCGCCCAAGCAGCCCCAGCAACCUCAGCUGCCACAGGUGCCCCAACAGCCUAGCUACCCGCCCAAGCAGCCCCAGCAACCUCAGCUGCCACAGGUGCCCCAACAGCCUAGCUACCCGCCCAAGCAGCCCCAGCAACCUCAGCUGCCACAGGUGCCCCAACAGCCUAGCUACCCGCCCAAGCAGCCCCAGCAACCUCAGCUGCCACAGGUGCCCCAACAGCCUAGCUACCCGCCCAAGCAGCCCCAGCAACCUCAGCUGCCACAGGUGCCCCAACAGCCUAGCUACCCGCCCAAGCAGCCCCAGCAACCUCAGCUGCCACAGGUGCCCCAACAGCCUAGCUACCCGCCCAAGCAGCCCCAGCUGCCACAGGUGCCCCAGCAACCUAGCUAUCUGCCCAAGCAGCCCCAGCUGCCACAGGUGCCCCAGCAACCUAGCUACCUGCCCAAGCAGCCCCAGCUGCCACAGGUGCCCCAGGUUCCUGGCUACCUACCCAAGCAACCUCAGGUGCCUCAGCAGCCUAGCUACCUGCCCAAGCAGCCCCAGCAACCUCAGGUGCCUCAGCAGCCUAGCUACCUGCCCAAGCAGCCCCAGGUUCCUAGCUACCUACCCAAGCGGCCCCAGGUGCCCCAACAACCUCAGCAGCCUAGCUACCUGCCCAAGCGGCCCCAGCAACCUCAGGUGCCUCAGCAGCCUAGCUACCUGCCCAAGCGGCCCCAGGUUCCUGGCUACCUACCCAAGCGGCCCCAGGUGCCCCAACAACCUCAGCAGCCUAGCUACCUGCCCAAGCGGCCACAGCAACCUCAGGUGCCUCAGCAGCCUGGCUACCUGCCCAAGCAGCCCCAGGUUCCUGGCUACCUACCCAAGCGGCCCCAGGUGCCCCAACAACCUCAGCAGCCUAGCUACCUGCCCAAGCAGCCACAGCAACCUCAGGUGCCUCAGCAGCCUAGCUACCUGCCCAAGCAGCCCCAGGUUCCUGGCUACCUACCCAAGCGGCCCCAGGUGCCCCAACAACCUCAGCAGCCUAGCUACCUGCCCAAGCGGCCACAGCAACCUCAGGUGCCUCAGCAGCCUAGCUACCUGCCCAAGCAGCCCCAGGUUCCUGGCUACCUACCCAAGCGGCCCCAGGUGCCCCAACAACCUCAGCAGCCUAGCUACCUGCCCAAGCGGCCACAGCAACCUCAGGUGCCUCAGCAGCCUAGCUACCUGCCCAAGCAGCCCCAGGUUCCUGGCUACCUACCCAAGCGGCCCCAGGUGCCCCAACAACCUCAGCAGCCUAGCUACCUGCCCAAGCGGCCACAGCAACCUCAGGUGCCUCAGCAGCCUAGCUACCUACCCAAGCAGCCCCAGGUUCCUGGCUACCUACCCAAGCGGCCCCAGGUGCCCCAACAACCUCAGCAGCCUAGCUACCUGCCAAAGCAGCCUCAGAUGCAGCGCUAUCUGCCCAGGCGAAUGCCAGUUCUGCAACAGCCUUUCUAUAAAUUGAGGAAGCCCAGCCACUUGCCAAAGCUGCUGCCAAGACGGCAGCGUCCCCAGCAGCCGCAGGUGCCUGGCUACCCUGCCCAGCGUCCCCAGCGUCCCCAGCCGCCCCAGCAGCCUGGCUACCCUGCCCAGCGUCCCCAGCCGCCCCAGCAGCCUGGCUACCCUGCCCAGCGUCCCCAGCAGCCCCAGCAGCCUGGCUACUCACCCCAGCAUUCUUGGGUUUCUCAGCAGCCACUCUACAAUGAUUAUCCAACUUUUGCCAAAGGAGGAGUCACUGCCCAAAUGCAUUCAAAUAGGAACUACAACACUGCAGAUGCAUCAAAGACUGCUUUCAACUGAGCCAUUGUAUUGACUUGUCAAAUGCAAAUAAAGCUUGUAUCUCUAUGACUUGA